UGUGGCCGCUCGACAUUUCACUGUUGAAAUUCGAUCGAAGUGCUUAUCCUCUAUCGACGUCGUCGACAACAAAAACAACAAAUAUGGCAUCGACCGAUAAAGUUGCCAGUCAACUCCAAAACUAUAAAGAACAGAAGAAGAAUGACGGUGUUGCAACAACUGGUCAUGGUGUCCCACUCAUCACCAAGGAUGCUACCAUGUCUGUGGGACCCAGAGGACCUCUGCUCCUCCAGGAUGUUGCCUUCAUCGAAGAAAUAGCUCAUUUCGACAGAGAACGUAUCCCAGAGCGUGUGGUCCAUGCUAAAGGUGCUGGCGCCUUCGGUCACUUCGAGGUCACCCACGACAUCAGCAAAUACUGCGCCGCCAAAGUCUUCGGAGGUAUCGGCAAGAAGACACCAGUAGCCGUGAGAUUCUCGACCGUCGGCGGUGAAUCCGGAUCCGCGGACACCGUGCGCGAUCCUCGCGGUUUCGCCGUGAAAUUCUACACCGAUGAGGGUAUCUGGGAUUUGGUUGGCAACAACACGCCAAUCUUCUUCAUCAGGGAUCCCAUCCUUUUCCCCAGUUUCAUCCACACUCAAAAGAGGAACCCUGCGACCCACUGCAAGGACCCCAAUAUGUUCUGGGAUUUCAUCUCGCUGCGACCUGAAACCACCCAUCAAGUCAUGUUCCUCUUCUCCGAUCGCGGUAUUCCAGAUGGUUACAGACACAUGAACGGCUACGGUUCCCACACCUUUAAGCUGAUCAACGCGGAAGGAAAGCCGGUGUACUGCAAGUUCCACUACAAAACCGACCAAAAGAUCAAGAAUUUGGACGUGAAGAGAGCCGAUGCAUUGUCCGGUUCUGAUCCAGACUACUCGCUGCGCGAUCUUUACAAUGCCAUCGCCAACGGCCAGUAUCCAUCGUGGACAUUCUCCAUCCAAGUCAUGAGCAUGGAACAAGCUGCGUCAUGCAAAUUCAAUCCGUUCGAUCUGACCAAAAUCUGGCCACAUUCUGAAUACCCGCUAAUCCCAGUCGGAAGGAUCACGUUGAAUCGCAACCCAGAGAACUACUUCUCGGAAGUAGAACAAAUCGCUUUCAGUCCAGCUCAUAUGGUUCCUGGAAUCGAACCAUCUCCCGAUAAGAUGUUGCUCGGUCGUCUCUUCUCAUACGGAGACACCCACAGGCACCGUCUCGGCGCCAACUACCUUCAAAUCCCCGUAAACUGUCCAUUCAGUGUACGUAACUACCAGCGCGACGGUCCCCAAUGCAUGGUCAACCAAGGAGGCGCUCCCAACUACCAUCCCAACAGUUUCGACGGUCCCACGAACUGCCCAAGGGCCAAGUCUCUCAAUCCUCCGUUCGCAGUCAGCGGUGAAGCGCUUCGUUACGACAGCGGUCAUGAAGAUAACUUCUCGCAAGCUCGCGCCUUCUACCAGAAGACUUUGAACCAAGCGGAGAGGGACAGGUUGGCUUCCAACAUCGUCGGACACCUGAAGGAUGCAAGCGAUUUUAUCCAGGAUCGCGUCAUCAAGAACUUUGCCCAAGUCGAUGAAACUUUCGGAAACAAACUCAGUGCAGGCAUCAAAGCCCAGAGGUUACCCCAAGCCAACCUCUAAAUGUUUCAAACAAUAUUAUCUUUUACACGUAUAAUUUUGGGUGGUUAUCGAUUUUUUUUGUACUUUAAACUUAUAAUAAUCGUCUACGCUUGUGUAUAUUUUAUAAAUAUAAUAAUCAAUGGUGUCUCUUAGAGUUAACAACAUUGUUAACACAAAUUUUAUCAAUAAAAUAAUUGCAAUCCA